AUGUCGAAGAAAUCUCGAGAGUGGGUCAAACAGCGAAAAAUUCAGGCGGAAGAUGAACGGUUUCAGGGGCAGGCAGAAGGACGCCCAGGCACGACUGUUGAAUACCAUUCAACUUCCCUCGAUCUCCAAGUUGAGGGCGAUGGCCAGUGCUGGUCUGCUCGCAGUGGUUGGCGCCAGGAGACUUGGAGAGGACUCAGCGGUGUCGACCGCUUCCAAAUCCUGCGUACAGACCGGAUGCUGCAGUAUUCCCAUUGGCCAAAGACUUCAUCCCCGUCCUCCUGUUCAACGCCGCACGCCACUCUUGAUGCGGCUCUAGAGCUGGGCGGAAAGGCCUCGACAAGAGGCGACGAACGAUGGCUUCCUCCACUCCACAUGGCGAUCCAUGGUUCAAGAUUUAUCUUCUUUGGGUCAAGGUUUCUCCCCGCCAUGGCCCUGGACUAA